AUGUAUGGCUCUAACAAAUUUAAUCCAACCUUAAAUGAGCGCACAAAGAUGAUAGAUUUAUUCAAAACAAGAUCUCAUCUUUCUCAGCAACCUUUAUAUCAUGUGAGAGGUAAUCACGACUUUGAAUAUCCUUAUGAUUAUUACCUGUAAUACUCACUGAUGCAUGCAAACUGGCUACCUAGAUAUAAAUGGUAUUCUGAAUCAUUCACUCUCAAAGAUGAUUAGAAAAAGAAAGCUUUAUUCCUCUUUAUUGAUACUGAUUUGAUAUUUUGUGCCUAUAAUAUAAAGAGGAUGGCAAAUUGCACAGUAUCAGAUUAAGAGGAAUACAUUCUUCAAGAUUAAUGGCUUACGUAAGAGCUGGCUAAUUCUUAAAAUGAUACUUCAAUUAUUUGGAAGUUUGUAGUAGCUCAUCAUCCUAUUUUUUAAAAGUAGGAGUUAGACGAGCUAGUCUUAGUUAUGGACCUACUACAUAAUUUUAUGAAAUAUAAAGUGGAUUUCUACUUAAAUGGGCAUGAGCAUAUGCAGUUGCAUGCUUUCUUUGAAAGAGACAUUUAAAAGCACAAUUCAGAACUAAAGUACAAUGAUUUUUAUGACAAUCUUUCCCUUAAAAAUAGAUCAAAUAUGAACACUAACUAUUUUUGGAGAAACACUACAACGUUUACUCAGAGACAAAGCCUAGAUCAAGGAAUAUUGACCUUUAAAAAAAGUGAAAAUCUUUUGCAUCAGGUAAUCGAUGGAUCUGGCGGGAAAGAUAUGCACUUUUCAAAUUAGAACUAGAGAUCAAGGGGUCAAUACUCAUUUAUUUAGAGUCAGUAUUUUGGUUUCACUCAUUUAAAAAUUACAAGCAAGGAGGUAGAAUUUACAUUCAAGUCUUCUGAAUUCGCUCACUUCCUAAAUGGGCUAUCUUCAUCUUUUAUACCUAAUGCUUUUGAUUAAAUGAAAAUCAAGGUUAUCAAUGAUUUAUGA